AUGGCGCUUUCAAAAGAAGAACGUCUGCGUCUCGCAGAUAUAGAUCCAGAGCUGUCGGAGUAUCUCAGAUCGAACCCCAUUCCCCAACUAGACACUUCAGAUGCAUCAAAAGCCAUCGCAAACUUGAGAUGGUAUAUGAAGAGCCUACAUUCAAAAGAGCUUGACCAAGGUGUUCUGGAGCGAGAUAUAUACUACACUAAUCGGCACGGUCAUGAAAUACGUGCCCAUGUCUAUGAGCCUGCAACCAGGUCUGAGACUCCCGAGCCACUCGUUGUAUACAUCCACGGCGGCGGAUGGACCAUUGGUUCUCCAGAAGAUGCUGAACGGUCAUGUCGAGACAUAGUUCGCAACUUGGGCGUUGUUUGCGUGGCACCAUCCUAUCGUCUGGGUCCAGAAGAUCCCGUCCCCGCUGGUAUCAAUGACAUCUGGGAUAGUGUACAGUGGAUUGCUGUUCAUGCUGAAUCUGAACUCAACGUCUCGUUGAAAAAGGGUUUCGUCAUCGGGGGCUCUUCAGCGGGGGGCAACAUGGCUGCUAUAGUCAGUCAUUUGGCUCGCGAUGAGAAGUUGACGCCUGCUAUAACUGGUGUUUUUCUUCUUGCUCCCAUGAUAUUGCCCCCAGAAGCUAAGGAAAGUCUGUCUGAGAAGUACAGAGAUAUGUACAUCUCGCGAACUCAGCGAGAGUGUAUGAACGAUCCGAUUUUGACUCCCGGGCUUGACAAGAUCUUUCGUGAGUCUGCUGCUGGAGAUACAUCGUCGCCUUUCUUUGUUCCAUUCAUCUGGCCGACUGGUCACCAUGACCUUCCCAAAACCUACUUCCAAGUCUGCGGGAUGGACAUUUUGCGCGAUGAGGACUUGAUAUAUGAGCAAGUGCUGCGCGAAGACAAUGGGAUUGAGACGAGGGUUGAUAUUUAUCCUGGCAUGCCGCAUAUCUUCUGGGGUAGCUUUUCGCACUUGGCUCAAGGCAAGAAAGCGGCUAUCGAUCUUAUUGAGGGGAUUAGGUGGUUAUUGGAGUCCUCUGAUUGA